CAAAGCGCUACAAAGGACUAUUAAAAUGUAUCGUUUUACUCUUCUCGUCUUCGUGGCAUCAGUCUCUGCCUACGUCAUCAUAGACUCUAAGUGUCCUGAAGUUACAAACGUUGACAAUUUUGACUUUAAGUCUUACGGCAAUGGUGUUUGGUACGAAGUCGCGAGGUACCCAGGUGACGUUGUGAAGAAUGGAAAGUGUGGUACUCUCACAUACAAGCAGGAAGGUGAAGUCAAGAAAAUUAAGUACACUUUCGUUAUCAACAACAGACUUAUGACUAUCGAGGGUACUGCCACGCUCGCAAGCGAUGCUGGAACCACCGGAAAACUGAUCCAUAGCCUGCCUUACGGAGUUAACGGCACUGUUAUUGACAGUGAACUGAACGUUCUGGCAAUUGACUACGAAAACUUCUUCAUCUGCUAUUAUUGUCAAUUCGAUGAGGUUCAGAAAAACUACCGAGAAUCUGCUUGGAUCAUCUCAAGAUCUAAAACCUUAUCUGAAGAGGCUAAGGUUAUUGUCGACAAGUUUGUGAAGGAUUCCAAGUUUCUGAAUGCUAGCAAAUUUGAGUGGCCUUCAGUCAGCGAUGAGGACUGCCGGGUCGACGCUUAAAUAAAGCCAACAUGUU